CAAUUAUUAGACUUAUCUUGACUUGCAGUUUAUCUUAACGUGAAUCAUCCUCACACCACAAAAGCUAAUAAGAAGUCCAUUCAGUAAGCAAACGUAGGCUGGAAGACAUUGAAAUAACAACAUCGGCUAAGAAAACUCUGUUCUCAAUACAUUCUUGAGGGGAUUAUAUAAAACUAUAUUUACUAAAACAUUCCAGACGAAAAUCGAAGUAUAAAGAUCUGGGCGUCAAAUAGGCACAAGGCCUAUGAGAGGGGAUAGUCGAUUUCAUCAGCCCCAGAGUGCUUUCUUGGUACUUCAUUUGGCGACCCCAAAAGGAUGAAAGGCAAAGUGGACCUCGGUGGAAUUUGAACUCAGAACUUUGUGAAAAUGGCUAGUUACAUCCACACAGUAGGAGUUGCGGAAAAUUCGUAUGACACGAUUCCUGAAAGAUUGCGUAUUUGGGCUGAAAAGUAUCCGGACAAAACAGCAGUCGUUUCGUAUGAUGCAGAAUACAAGAGACACCAAAUAACCUUAAAAGAAAUGCACGAUGGAGCUGUGAAGUUCGCAAAGGCUUUGAUGAAACUAGGCAUUAAAAAAAGAGACAAGAUUGCAUUUUGUGUUCCUAACUGUGUGGAAUGGAUGAGCUACGAUAUUGGAAUCAUGAUGACUGGAGCAUAUUCUAUGAGAUUAAUGUUUGGAUUAGCAGAUAUAAAAUCUGUUAUAGAAGGUUGUAGUGCCGUAGUAUUUGGUUCCAAAUCUAUUUGGGACAGUUUCUUAUCCAUUGCACAAAUAGACAAUAAUGGAAAAGUAUCUUGCGAAGCGUGUCCCGAUUUGAGGUUUGCCAUUGAUGUGUCCAAUUCUCACAGACCAGCCAAUGCUUUAUCUGCUGCUAAAUUGAUGGCAGAAGUAAGUGACGAUGACGAGGUUGAGUUUCCUUACAUUGACCCGGAAGAUAUUGCAUCCAUCAAUCAGACUUCAGGAACCACAGGUGUACCUAAACGUAUAUGUCACAGCCAUUUCAACUUUAUAAAUCUACCAGAUAAGUUUGUUAGUGGCACUAGUAUUUCUACUUUUGAUGUAUUAUUUUCCGGUCGACCAAUGGGAUAUAUUGGAGGAUAUCCGUUUCUGCUCUUAACCAAGGGAGCCAAACACGUCACUGGAGAUGUAGAAAUGUUGAACGAUACGAAGAAUUUCGAUUUUGUAGUAAAUUUAUGGCAGCAAGAGAAAUGUACUAUUGUGGGUGUUGCACCACAGGACUUGAAACGACUUGGCAAUCGUGGGUUUCGUGUAAAGACGGUACUAUCCGGUGGAGAUAUGCUUACACAUGAUGCAAUAGAGUAUUCUUUUAAAAUUGCAGAUGAAUUUGGAAUUAUUUAUGGAGCCACUGAAGCUUUGAUUAUAUCCAGUAGAUUUUUUACUCCAGAAAACAUGUCACAACAUCGACAAGGAAUGCUCGGGCGACCACUUGAAGGAACAGAAAUCAAAAUUGUUGACGAGGAGAAGAGGGUUGUGGAUAUUGGAAAGACAGGCUAUUUAUAUUUUCGAAGUAAGUGGACGACGAAAACAUUUCUUGAUGGCACCUCGUGUCUAGAAAAAGGAUGGUAUUCAACGUCAGAUAUUGGUUACUUAACUAAAGAUGGUGACAUCAUAAUGAUUGGAAGAAGUACAGAUUUUAUCAAAAAGUGUACGGUAAAGUUAUCGAUUAAACUUAUUGAAGAUUAUGUCGGACGUCAACCGAACGUAGAUGCUGUGGUUGUUGUACCAAUUCCUGACGAGGAGGUUGGUGAACGUGUGUGCGCAUGUGUUACCAUUCGACCAAAUCACGAGUUCAAUGAAGAAGAAUUAAAAAAGUUUUGUACAGAAACAAUGCCACAACCAAAGAACUUUGAUUGUGUAUCGAUGCAUCCUGAUUACAUUUUAUAUUUUCCUUCAUUUCCACUUUUGGCUAGUGGUAAGUUUGAUAGGAAAGCUAUAAAAACUUUGGCUCUUAAAAAAGUAAAAGAUUCUAAAAAUAAUUAAUAUCAAUUUAAGAUUUUCAAACUAAUAUCAUAUAUUUCUAUAAAACGUGCAUUAAAGUAUCAAACGUAUUUUGACACUGCAUAAGAGACAAAUUUAAAAAGUAAAAUUUAAUCUUUAUUAUUAAACAGUGGAUGUUU